AAUGAAAGAUUUUCCGAGCGUAUAAAUAAAUUCUGGAUGACAAUCAACGAAGAGCUAACUAAUGACAAAAUAAAAACUGAAGAGAACGAAUAUGACUUAACCUUGACCACUAAUGUCAAUAAACAAAUGGGAACGUAUGUAAAUGCUACCACUUCUCGUCUUACAAAACGGUUUUUAGAGUGUGCGAAAGGAAGCCCCCCAAAACGCGUGGCAAAGCUUGUUGUAUCUGGAACAUCCGAUGGGAACGAUUCAGACAAAUCCUAUCACCCCAGUUCGGAUGAGCCAGAUGAUGAUACUUUUGUUGAAAUAAAAAAGAGAAUCAACUAUACUUAUGAUUGGUUUACGGGACCAGGAAUUAAGAAAUCUUCAUUAAGUGAGGGUGCAAAAAAGUGGGUUAUCGACACACUCGAUGUCUCGAGUUUAUUGUUAGAAUAUCGCGAUAUGUCCGUUCAACGAGCUUCUGAGAAUAAGAUCGAAGAGGUUGCUGAAAUACUUUCGUUGAAUCAUAUAUUUUUAUUCGAACAAAAUGUGACAAAUGGAAUUUCUUCAAUGAUCGAACCGGAAUCAUUGAACAUUAUUUUCGAUACUAUCAAAAAUGAAUUUGCUCCAUAUCAUUUGUCGAAUGAUGACGUUUUACAGUGUUAUAAAAUGGCAAAGACUGCAUGUGAAGAUUUUGGAAAAUGCAAGUCACUAUUGAGAAAAUGGCAAAAGGAUCUUGACGAUGAUCAAGAAGAUUUAAUUCUAGAAACGUUCGAGUCAAUAAUAAAUAAUUUUAAACCGGAAGUGUACAGGCAAGGUUUAAAAGAAGAUUCCUUUGUACAUGAAGUUUUUGAACCUGUGAUCAGGCCAUUUCUCCGCAACAUUAAUUUUAAAUGUGAAUGGUCAACCGAUGACUUGGAAGCAUCUGUACAUCGGAAACGUAAAUUUGACCCUAUAUUACAGGGACGAAAAGCUGACUUUUCAGUAUAUAUGCCUAUUAGAGGCAACGAAAUGAAGGAUAUAAUUGACAAAUGUAUUGAUGAUGGAGUAAAAAAUAAUGAUUUAAUAAUUUGUGGUUUACUGGUGGAAGGUUUUCAAUGUCGCUUAUUUGCUAUGGAUUUAAAAUAUGAGGCCAUAUAUCGGAUGAUUCUUUUGGGGAAAUUUUAUCUCCCUCGAGAUAGUUCUGAUCUUGGCGUACUUCCCACUUCAAUAGAACGCCUUAUUCAAAUGAAAGAAGCAUCUCCUACAAAAGAUAUUUCGUCACAUAUCGAGAGCCAUUCUUAUGAGGAGAAAGGUAUUACUCCCGAUCCCUUGCCUGAAAUAGAAUAUAGCUCAACACAAUCUGAAUCUUCAACGGAACCUGAAAUAUCUACGAUCUCUUUACCACAAGAUAUUAUCGAUGAUGAUUCAGCUGAGACCCUCGAAUUUUUAGAAACAAUACACAAGAAAAGGAUUAGUAGUGAGAUAAGAGAAAGAAACCAGGAAAAAAAACUUCAAGGAUUACAUAAUAACUUAACUCAAUCCGAAACGUCAACCAUGUCGACACCUGAAUCUCUGGACCUGAAAACUGUGAAAAAGCUUUGGGAUCAGAAUCAAAAUAAAAGCCUGAACAAAACAUCCCAAUCGCACAAGAAAAAGGGAACAGAGAAUAUCGCUCAGGUGAUAGCUGAUGGCAUUCAGGAUAACAUUAUUUCAGAUGAGUCGGAGGCUCGAAGCUUUGCUUCCUCAAAUCAUGUAAGUACACCAGUCAAACCUCAAACCUCUAACUCUUCUGUGAAAACUAAGAUCUUACCAGAAGUCAAGACGAGUGAAGAAAGUAUAGCUACGCCUCAACUCAAGAAGAUUUUAACUGAAAAGCAAAAUAAUCCGACCCAUGACCAUGCUUACUUUCGUAAUAAGAUAUUGUUGCGAUAUUCUAAUCUAUAUAAAACAAUUAUUUCUGAAAAAAAUGAUUAUUAUGGAAUUGUUGAGGGGUCAUUAUGCCCAGUAUGUAAACUAAAUCAUGAAGAUGAAAAAAGUAUAAAAGGUAGAUACGAAGCUGGAUCCUAUUUUAUUAUAUGUGGAAAGUGUGAAAUUGAAAUAACAGAAUAA